AAGUUAUCAAUUUGUUUAUUUUCAAAGUAAAGUAUGAAACUUAAAUGAUAUCCUGUUCCGCCAUUUCGGUGACAGUUGAUUUUAUUUUUAUUGCAUCGUUUACGGAAAGCCGAAGAAAACGUGUAGUAUGAACAGAAGUUUUAGAAUAGAAUAAAAAAAUCAACUUUUUACCAACGUAUGAGAAUUGAACUGCGAAGAAAAAAAUGGUUGCUGGGACAUAUUUAAUUUUUUCUUUAUGCGUCAGUGUCUGUUAUGCAGUCUUACGUAAAGAAGAGAAAUGUCCACAACGCAUCAUAAUAUUACGCCAUCUUAAUGGAAGUGUGAAGAGUAUUGGUUACCCGAAUGGCUAUAGUCGCAAUCAGUUAUGUAUAUAUCAUAUAGUUGUACCACGUGGGUAUAAAAUACGAGCGGAAUUUGAUGAGCUGCGUUUAGGUAAACCUGAGCGUCUCUCAUCAAAUUGUUUGAAGAGUGAUCAUGUUAUUCUCAGUACACGUGUGUUGCAUCUACAAGAUGUAAGAAAAAUAUCGAAAAAGAACCAAAUUUUGUUUUGUGGAAUACAUCAACCAACUCGUCCAAUAAUAACCCGCGGUAAUAAACUAUGGAUUCGGUUUCACGCGGAUCGUCGAAAGAGAAAAGAAGAAGCUGGAUUCAAGUUAACCUAUUCGGCCCUGGACAAGAAUGAAUGUGAACAAAAGAAAAGACCUUGUCAGCAAAUUUGUAUCAACACAAAAGGAAGUUAUACCUGUGCAUGCCACGAAGGUUAUCGGUUGAAUAAAGAUAGAAAAACAUGCUCAAUUGUAAAAGUUGUAAAGUUUCUACAAAAUGAAUACCACGCAUUGAUCCAACAAGAUGAUGUAAAACUCAACAAAAUUCUUCUCCGUGUUACAGCUGUAGUUGAAACACAACUUGGUCAUGCUCUCAACGUGACUCCUACAUAUGUAAUACGAGAAGAAAACGAAUAUGUGCGUGUGGAUGAGCGCACGGGUGAUAUUUCACUCAAUUCAAAGCCGCCUGCAACACAAACGGCUUUGCAAUUCAUUGUGGAAGCUAGCACGCCGCACGGUUCACCAGGCCAUACCUUAGUUAAAAUAGCCAUAAAAGUAAAAAACAAAUUAGACAAACAUUUUACCAUAUUGCUGCAACAGGGAGUUCAAGUUAAUCAAGAAAUAUUUAAUUUAAAACCCUACUAUAGCCGGGGCCAUACGAUUCCAACAUUUUCGCUGAAUGAUCAACAUUAUUUUGGUGUGAAAGCUAACUCUGGGAAGAUAUACAUAAAGUCGCAACUGCCAGAAAGUGUAAACGCAUCGCUCAUGUGGAAGACAAGAUUCUCUGUGAGGGUAAAAGUUUUGGAUGAACUUGGGAUGUAUAGUUACGGCGUAAUUACGAUAAACAUAGCGUUGUUACCGGUAUUUCCUGGCGAAAGUUUCAUUACGCCUGACAUAUUAAAACAAGUAGCUGACGAAAUGAAUAGUGAUUUAAAAAUUUCUCGAAACCGAGUUCCCCGCAACGAUGCAAAAGUUAGUUUCCAAACAGUUGGUUUGCACAGACUACUGCGAAGACCUUCAUUACAAGCGCAAAAGAUUUCAAAAGCUAAAUCUUAUUUUGACGAAGUAAUGAAAAGAGUGCAAGAGAAAAUUCAAGAACUUUAUACGCAAGGAGAUAAUGACGGUACACCAGUGAUCAUUCACCUUGGUACUGGUCAUAUCAUUUCUUCACAGUCAUUAGAAAAUGUUGUUAAUGUAUCCAAAUGUAAAGAGGUUUUAAAAAGUCCAGAUUGUACAAGUUUUAUGUUCGGAUCAAAUUAUCAACCAUUCGAUGGCGCAUGCAACAAUAUCAAAAAUCCGUUAUGGGGAGCAGCACCAAAGGCAUUUAAGAGACUUUUACCUCCUUUGUACUUUGACGCAGAUGGACUUUCCGAUCCAAUAGGCUUUCCAAAUCUCCCUGAAGCUCCAAUUCUUCCAAGCGCUCACAAAGUCAGCAAAACUUUCUUUAAAGCUCACAAAAUGCAGUGGACGAGUAAAAAGAGUUUAUUUUCUCAUAUGUUGAUGCAAUGGGGUCAAUUUCUUGACCAUGAUAUUACCAUGACAGCAGAAAGUGAAGGAGGUCAUUACUGUGUAUUCCCAAGGUGUGAUGAUCGUCCUGCUGACUACAGACUUCCAUGUUUUCCAAUGAUGUAUCCAGGUCAUAAUCAGGGCUGUUCCAUGUUUAUUCGAUCAGCAGCAGUAUGUCAAACCAAAAACGACAACAUAGAAGCGAGGCAGCAAAUGAAUACUAUUACGUCAUUUAUUGAUGCAUCGAUGGUGUACGGCUCAUCAACAGAGAGUGCUUUAAAAUUACGACGCAAUGAUGGUAGUGGAUUGAUGAAAACAACACGACACGCAUAUUUGCCAGUUUUAGAAGAAACUGUCACUCCACCGUUGAGCUUUUGUAAAAACUUCGGAGGUUGUUUUGAUGCUGGAGAUGUGAGAGUAAACGAACAAGUUGCCUUAACAUCAAUGCAUACACUGUGGAUGAGAGAACACAACAGAAUUGCUAAAAAAUUAAAAAUAAUAAACAAAAACUGGAGUGGUGAGCGAAUAUAUUUGGAAACACGCAAGAUCGUUGCUGCGCAAAUUCAACAUAUCACAUACAAAGAAUACCUGCCAAAAAUAUUAGGCAAGGAUUCUCUUCCAACAUACACUGGCUACAAUCAAGAUAUUGAUCCUACAAUCUCAAAUGUUUUUGCAACAGCAGCAUUUAGAUUUGGACACAGUUUGGUUCAACCCUCAUUUUCCCGUUUAAAUGCUAACUUUGACAAGAUAGAUGAAGACUUGCCAUUGGUCAAAGCGUUUUUUAACAAUACGUUGUUGCUGUUGCACGGCAUUGAACCGUUUCUCUAUGGAAUGGUUGGAAAUGCUACUUCUGAUGUUGAUCGUAACAUGGCACAUGGACUGGUAAGAGGUCUAUUUCAGAGACCGGGAGCAGCAGAAGGGUUUGACCUAUCAGCAUUAAAUAUCCAACGAGGCAGAGACCACGGUUUACCAGGCUAUGGUAGAUGGCGAGAAUUCUGUAAUUUUCGUAGAGCAUAUUCUUUUAAUGACCUCGCUGACGUCAUUAAAUCUAACGAAACACGAUCAAUUCUGAAACAGUUAUAUGAAGAUCAAGUUGAAUAUACAGACGUAUUUGUGGCUGGUCUUGCUGAGGAUCAUGUGAAAGACGCUAUGGUUGGUCCUUUGUUUCACUGCAUCUUGAAAGAUCAAUUUCAACGGUUGAGAGAUGGCGAUAGGUUUUAUUACGAAAAUGAUUUCUUAUUCACGAAAAGUCAGCUGACAGAAAUAAGAAAAACUAGUCUGGCAAGUGUAAUGUGUCAUAACAUGAAAGGAAUUGUGUCUAUUCAACCUGACGUGUUUAAACUUGCCAAGGAUGGUGAAACAAGAAGAAAAGUUUGCAAUGACAUAGGUGAAAUAAAUUUAGAUGCUUGGAGAGAAAGUGAUCCAGAACAUAAUCAACAAUGGACCGGUUGGUAUGAAACAAUCCGGUUAGCUACAGGUACAUGGUCACUUCAACAGGAGAUGUGCGCCAAUAAGAGCAUUAUAGAUAUUGAAUGCAAAAGCAUGGAUGGUAAGAGAUAUACCGAAAUGGAUGAAAAUACACAGUGCGCAAUCCCAAUCGGUGUUUACUGUCGUAAUGAGCGUCUAUCGGAUAAGUCGUGUAGUGAUUAUAAAAUGAGAAUGUUAUGCUUGGACACACUAUCUGUAGUUAAUCACCGUGAAGCAGCAAUAGAAACUGGAUUUCCAAAGCUUCCAAAUCCUUCUCCAGUGAGAUGUAAAUCAGCCAAUCAAAACGACUACGCCAUGGUCAUACCUACCCUAGACGAGGCAGUUAUCAACGAUCCGUACCACACAACAGCACAACAAGAGUAUCUACACGUCGGUAGAAACAGACAGUACAAGAAACGCAUCUUGCUAAAAUUUGAUUUGCGUCGAAUAAAAAGAACAGACUCAGUGCAUUCUGCUGGAUUGCAAGUAUUUUAUGUGGGUCAAAGUCGUUCUACCUUCAGCAGUCGUUCAACCCGUCCGUCGAAACUUGCUGCGUAUCUCAUAACGAGUACAAACUGGAAUAGCACGAACGUCACGAGUAGAGUGCCAUGGAUGGCAGAUUAUCUGUCAGUAGGUAAAGAUACCGAUCCGAAAGCAUUGGAUCAGAUAGAAAUCAUUCCCGAAAAAUCCGGAUGGUUGUAUUUGAACAUGUAUCGUGCUGUUCGACAAUGGAGGCUGUCGACUGAUUUAAGACGGGAUAAUUUCGGGUUAAUGUUGAUGCUGACAGAUGAUGAGAAAACAACUACUGGAAUAUCCCGGAUAGCUUCAAGUAGUCACGAAAAUUUAACCAUUAGGCCGAAUUUAAUUAUCUGUUUGUCAUCGGGUGCUUGGUGAAGUUCUAAUAACAAAACCGAAAAAUUCCUAGGGACGAAGUUGACAUUUUCUUGAGAUGUCUUUCAUGUUAGAAUCGAUGUACAAGAAAAGUAAGGCAACAAACGAACAAUUAAAAACACAUAUUUAAUAGAGUUUUAAAUGUUUAUAACUGCUUUAAAAAACCAGUGCUUAUGAUAAAAUCCUAUAUAUGUUAAUGCGCAUGCGCCUAUACAUAUAGAUUAUUUUUAUGAUUAUUCAGUUCCUGUCCAAAAGUUUUUCAACGUACAUACAUAUCUAAGUUUAUAUUUUAUUUUUUCUAUUUUAUUAUUAUUUCCUCUUUUUUUGUGUUAUUUUUCUAAAAAUAAAACUUGUCUCGAAGUCAUUUUAACAAGAUGAGUAAAUCUAUUCCUUAGUUUUCAAUCACUAUAUUUCAUACGAUGAUUACAAAUUUUUGUUUUGUUGUAGUUACCUGGAUAUUUUAAUCUCAGUUAUUUUGAGAAAAUGUUUAUUUCUUUGAAUACAGUAUAUUACUUGUAAAGCAGUUCUCUUUUACUUUUUUCUACAGUACAGUAUCGCUAACAGUGAAGCAACAGAAGGCUGACACAUACCCAAUUCAGAUGUAUU